AUGAAAAGUACGGCUGUCGAAGAGAAGAUGGAUUCAAGUCCCACCUCAUCGAGUAGGUCACGUAAAAAUGGAUUCGAGGAACUGGUGAGAAGUAUGCAUGAGAGCAGUAAUGAAGUUAAUUUAAAGGAAGCUGAUCUUACAUCACAGGAGUAUAUUCAAAAAUUGGUUGGUGAUUCGUUAAGGACAGAUUUUGUAUCGCCAUUUGAUAAAGUUGCAGAUGACAGUGAAUUCCAUUAUACCUCGUCAUUUAAGGCCAGGCCGCAAGCUGAGUACUUUGAUUUUGAUGAAAAGUAUAUGUAUAGGCCUGAGAAGAGACAGGAAAGGAAUGAUGAUCAUGAUGAGUUCGAGACACAAUAUCACGAGAGCGAAUACGAGGACGAAGAUGUAGAUAUGGAAGAAGUAGCUGAAGAGGUUGGAGAUGAAGUCGGAGACGAGGCGGAUUUGCAAAGUGUCAUUGAUGCGGUUUCGUUAUGCAAGACAAUUUUUGGUGAUAUGAUUGGUAAAAUUGAUAAAGUCGCAUUGACAUCUAUGACCUAUAAGACUACCAAGAUGGGCGUUUCCCACAUGGAUAGAGAAAUGUCAGAUAUUCUAGAUACCGUUAGAGAUUUAGUACCUCAUUCAGAAAGUACACUGUCGAGUACGGCGACUCAGCAGUUACAACAGGAUCACGUGGAAAUCCAACCUUCUUCGCAUUCGGCGCUGGGCGCUCAUAGUAACGUAUUUCAAGGUCCUUAUAAUGCAAUAAGAUCUGAUCCCUGUGCACGUUUACCGAACUUUGGUGUCAUUUUAAUUAAAUCACCUGCAUCAGUUUCACAACUCUGGGAUGAAUAUACAAAGAUACCAGCAGAAUGGCCAGUUAAAGAUUUGUUCACAUUCACUCUUUUACAACAAGGUGGUCCCAAUAAUGUGAGCGAUAUUGAAUUAAUAACGAAGCGUCGCACAUCAAUUAAACAAUUAGAGGAAAACUUGGGGUCUUCUUGGCGUAAUGCCGAAAAAAAUUUCUCUAGACAGAUUAACAGACGUAAAAAAAUAUGGAAACCAAUUGAAGAGGGGCUAUCAGAUGGUUUGCCGUUGCAAGUUUGCUUUAGCAUCUUGGAAAACUACGCUAAAAAUAAGGGUAAGGGCCUUUCGUGGUAUUACAAUGGGGUUCCUUUCAAAUUAUCAGAUGUUUAUGAGAAGCUACCUGCAAGUAAAAAGAAAUAA